CAUACAUUUAUCCAAAAGGACCAAAACGAUGAGCAGCUUCACGAGCCCCACCUCUCUGUCUUGUGCUCAGCUGACCACCGCCCAACACGGUCGCAGCCCCUCACUUCCGGCCACCCGGGCAUCAUUAUCCGGUGAAGAAACUCCAAUUCUCCGCCGCAGAAUUGUGUCCACAUUGCUGGCAACGUCACUGGCACUUCAUGGCACCCCCCUGGCACUAGCAGAGAACUGGGGCACGCGCUCGUUUCUCAAGGAACGGUUCUUUGAGCCGGGCCUGUCGCCGGAGGAUGCGGUGGCGAGGAUCCGCCAAACAGCUGAAGGACUCCACAGCAUUAGGCACAUGCUGGAGACGAUGUCUUGGAGGUAUGUCAUAUUUUACAUUCGCCUCAAGUCGGCGUAUCUCUCCCAGGACUUGAAAAAUGCGAUGACGACGUUGCCGGAGAGUCGCAGGAGGUCUUACGCUAAUAAGGCUAAUGAGUUGGUAGACAACAUGGCCGAGUUUGAUUAUUAUGUCCGCACCCCAAAAGUGUACGAAUCGUAUCUAUAUUACGAGAAGACCUUGAAAUCCAUAGAUGAUCUUGUGGCAAUGUUGGCAUAAGGAAGAGGCUUUUGCAUGAUGGAGCUGUGAGUAGUUGUUUUGAUGCUUCCAUGGGACUUCACUUCUUGAUCACCUGAAAACCAGAGAGGCAUUAUCUGUUGAUUUACUGUAAGAAGCAUGGAAGGAAUACAACAGCUUCAUAUAUAUUAUGUCAAAUGGAAUUCAAUAUUCCAGAAGUUCUCCUUGUGCAUUCUUUCAGUUCCUUUUCAAUUUGGAAUAAUGGUGUGCUUGCUUGCCAGCAAAUUCAAGGUUGGUGCAUGUUGUUGUUGAUAAUAUAGCUUGAUUUUUGCUUUUCUA